UGUAGUCAUCGAAGAAGACAUGGAAAUGAUGCUGCUUCUGACCGCUGCUUUUUUUUCCAUAACACUCACUUAAACUAAAAACUGGACACUGUCAUGUUUAGCGUUGGAUACAUAGUUUGAUAGGCAGCCCUGCAACACACCAGCUAAGCAGGACGUGGGUCUAUUUUAACGGGGGCAUCAGAGCUAUGGCAACUGCACAGUCGGCUGUAACGUUUGCAGUGUGCAUCCUCAUGAUAACAGAGCUAAUACUUGCCAAGAAGGACUAUUAUGAUAUACUGGGAGUGCCUAAAGAUGCUACUGAGCGACAGAUAAAAAAAGCUUUCCACAAGCUUGCAAUGAAACAUCACCCAGAUAAGAACAAGAGCCCAGACGCUGAAGUGAGAUUCAGAGAAAUCGCUGAAGUUUAUGAAACGUUAUCAGAUGAAACCAGAAGAAGAGAAUAUGACCAGUUUGGUGACACCUCUGCAUAUUUCACUGGGGAGACGCAAGGCAGACAUAGACAGGGCGCACACCAACCUUUCAGCUUCAACUUUGAUGACAUUUUCAAAGACUUUGACAUCUACAGCCAGAACAGGCAUGCCCGUCAUCGAAGACACUUUGAUGAACACUCCAGGACCCACAAGGAGUCCCACAGUAGACAUAAGAGACGCGUUCAAGGAGGUUUUGGAGCAGGUAUCUUUGAUGAUAUGUAUGAGGACAUAGAGAAAAUGUUUACCUUUGACAGCACCAAACAGACUGACAACAGGUUUCAUGGUGCAUCAAAACAACACUGUAGAACAGUGACACAACGCAGGGGAAAUAUGGUAACCACAUACACAGACUGUACUGCAUCUUAAGAUGCAAUGUGAAAUGACUCAAAGUUGUCCAAAUGGCAUACAAAACUGUUGUAUCCAUUAGGUAACAUAAAGCCACUUGGUUCAAAUGCUGUGAAAUGUGAGCGAUGACAUUGAUAUCUGACAUUCAGGCACAGUUAACAUCAGUUUACUUAUUUUAGGUCUAAAAAGCUAUGUUUUCUUAAAGCUAUUCCUCUUGUGUGGUGCUCAUGGACUUGUACAUGAUUGUAGUAGUUUUUCACGUAUUGUGAAAUAACCUGACGGAGUAUUUUGUCGAUCAUUUUAAGCACCUUUUGAUAGUGGAACUGGUUAAGUUUAAUGUUUGGAGAAACAUUUUUGUUAAAGAAAUACUCGUGUGUCAGUAAUUCACCAUUUCUAUUAUGUGUAUUUGUUUAGAUUUGAGUGUCUUUUGUAUAGGUUUUGUCAUUGUUGGUUUCAAACCACAACUCAAGGUACAAACAAUAGCCAGUGGAUUUCUGCUUAUGUCAGCGUUGUCAACACAAUCCUCUGACCCUCCACAAGCUGGCUAGUUUUACUCUUUAACUUGUUUGUGUUACAUCUUGUUUAAAUAUUCAUUCAUUCUACACUUCCAGUCAUUUUUGAACAAACUAUAUUUUUAAAUGUGUUGUAUUGAGUGCAUUUGUAAAGAAAGUUACACAUUUGUAAAUAUAUGUAAAUAUUAGUAGUAAAGAGGUAUAAGUAAAUAGAUAAAUGUUUUUGACUCCAGCCUAUCUUUAUAAAUAAGUGUGAAGCCUACGCUGUUCUGCUGUGGUAUUUUGAGUUACUCAAAGUGGCAGAGGACAUCUAGAUUGAGGUCAUCUUUCAUCAUCAAAAAAAUACAACAAUUUCUGUUUUCUUGAUGAGUAUUUAAUAUACAUUUCCAAUUACCAUGGUUAAAAAUCAACCGGACAUGCUAAAAUAUAAAUAAAUACCUCUGACUGGCCCGGCAGGCAAACUACAAAGAGUGUUCUCUGUAAACUAACACAAGCAGACUACAGCACAUAGGUUUCACAACAUCAGAUUGUACUUGUCACAAGGUUUAUUUUUUUAUAUUCCAAUUUUAAAAUAUUUGUUUCAAAUGUACACUGCAUACUGUUUUCGUUCCAUUACAUCUUAUAUUUGAACUAGUCACAAUAAAGUGCUCCUUUUA